GUAGUUAAAUACAACAAACAGGUUCUGGCAUGUCACACACUAAGUUGUGACACUUACACACCUACACCUGAAGUCACCUGUAACACAGCGAGCAUGUCUUCGUUUUCGAACAGCUCUCACCUCAACAAGCUUGUGCGCCAGGAGUACAUGAGGCUGCAGCAGGGUGGGAAGUGCCAGGUCACCUAUAUCUGGAUCGACGGCACCGGGGAGAGACUUCGCAACAAGACCCGAACCUUGGACAGUGAGCCGAAGAGCAUCAAAGAUAUUCCUGAGUGGAACUUUGAUGGCUCGAGCACAUACCAGUCCAUAGGCUCCAACAGUGACAUGUACCUUGUGCCAGUCAGCAUGUUCAGGGAUCCAUUCACCCUGGACCCCAACAAACUGGUCCUCUGUGAAGUCCUCACAUAUAACCGCGAACCUGCAGACACUAACCAUCGAGCGCACUGCAAAAAGGUGAUGAACAUGGUUAAAGAGCACUGCAUGUGGUUUGGCAUGGAGCAGGAGUACACGCUCUUAGGAGUAGAUGGACAUCCUUUUAGUUGGCCCUCAGGUGGAUACCCAGCACCCCAAGGACCUUACUACUGUGGGGUGGGAGCAGACAGUGCCUUUGGACGGGACAUUGUGGAGUGCCACUACAAGGCCUGCCUCUACGCAGGGGUCAAUAUCUGUGGCACCAAUGCUGAAGUUAUGCCAUCUCAGUGGGAGUACCAGGUGGGCCCCUGUGAGGGCAUUGAGAUGGGCGACCAACUGUGGGUUUCACGCUUCCUGCUUCAUCGUGUGAGUGAAGAUUUUGGUGUUGUUGUGACAUUUGACCCAAAACCAAUGAAGGGCAACUGGAAUGGCGCUGGUUGCCACACUAACGUCAGCACCAAGCAGAUGAGGGAAGAAGGAGGACUACAAUACAUCGAGAAGGCCAUCGAGAAGCUGAGGAAAAAACACGCAGAGCACAUCAAAGUGUAUGACCCACAGGGAGGGGAGGACAACAAAAGGCGUCUCACAGGUCUCCAUGAAACCUCAAGCAUCCAUGACUUCUCAUUUGGUGUGGCCAACCGAGGCUCCAGCAUCCGGAUCCCUCGCCAGGUGGGUGAGGAGAAGAAAGGCUACUUUGAGGACCGCCGUCCUGCUGCAAACUGCGACCCCUACUCUGUGACAGCGGCCAUCGCGACCACCUGCCUGCUUGAUUUGGAAGAAGGGGCCACAGUAGGCCCACCUGUUGCAGUGUAG